GAGGUGUUCUUAUUCUUAGCGAGUGAGCUCAAUGAUACAGUGGUUGAGGCACAACUAAGGACGAGGCAAGUCCCACCUGGGCUUCCUCAGGGAGAUGCGAUUGAAUGUUAUCUCAACUCCCACAAUCGAUUGCUCAUACUGUUGAGGCCUCAAGGAAAUCUGAAGUGGACAAAUUGAAAAAGCACUUCAGACUGUAGUUUAUGGAGG